UCCGCUCUUUUAAACAUUUACUUAAUCUAAUAUCUCCCUCUCUUACCCUAGAUCCAAUCUGUCCUCCCAUGAUGCUCUCUAAGAACUCCGGCCGCGGUCACCGGGGAUUGCAAGAAUCGAUGUACUCAGUGAUCUCUCUACUCUUCAUUUUAGUUGCUUGCGUCGAACUUUGCGAUGCCGCCGCCGCCAUCGACGUCUACCGUCUAAUCCAAUACGACAUGUCUGGUUCCGCUUUCGGAUCUCGUUUCGCUGCCCUCAACCACCAUGCUGCCUCCUUGCAUUUCCCUCCUGGCGCUGAUCUUUCCAGAACCGUCCUCAUCAUUCCUCUACGUGAACUAAACAUCACUUUCGUCCGAGAUUAUAUUAACCAGAAAAAGCUGUUAGGAGGAUUGCUAUUUUUGCUUCCUGAAAUAUUUAACCCUGGAAAUGGAGGGAACAAGCAAGUUCAUGAAAGAGAGAAACUGAAAAACGUGUUGGCAGAGCUUGAACGGUUACUGAUACAUGCAAAUUUACCUUAUCCUGUCUAUUUUGCUUUUGAGAACAAUGAAAUUGAUACUGUGUUGGCGGAUAUCAAGAAGAAUGAUGCAACCGGUCAACCUGCUACUGCAACUACAGGAGGAUACAAGCUUGUUAUCCCAACACCUGAACCGAAGAAAGUUGCAUCUCCCACCAUCACUAAUAUUCAGGGGUGGUUGUCUGGAUUGAAAGCUGAUGGAGAUAUGAAUCAACUUCCAACCAUUGCUAUUGUGGCAUCUUAUGAUACUUUCGGGGCUGCUCCUGCAUUAUCAAUGGGAAGUGACAGCAAUGGGAGUGGCAUUGUGGCGCUUCUUGAAAUAGCUAGGUUAUUCUCUCUCCUCUAUUCAAAUCCUAAGACAAGAGGAAGGUACAAUUUACUUUUCGGCCUGACAUCUGGUGGACCAUAUAACUACAACGGAACUCAGAAGUGGCUUCGUAGUUUUGAUCAGCGUUUACGCGAGAGUAUUGACUAUGCUAUUUGCUUAAAUAGUAUUGGUUCUUGGUAUAAUGAAUUGUGGAUUCAUGUUUCUAAACCUCCAGACAAUGCCUACAUCAAGCAGAUUUUCGAGGGUUUCUUGAAUGUGGCAGAGGAGUUGGAUAUCAAAGUUGGCUUGAAGCACAAGAAAAUAAACAUCUCCAAUCCUCGAGUAGCUUGGGAGCAUGAACAGUUCUCAAGGCUGAGAGUUACCGGAGCCACUCUAUCUCAAAUUCCUGUUGCUCCUGAACUCCUAGAAAGCACUGGAGGUCUGUUUGAUAGCAGACAAUUUGUGAAUGAAACUGCAAUCACUAGAGGUGUGAAGUUAGUUGCUGAAAGUUUUGCGAGGCAUAUCUACGGGCACCAGGGAAAAAAUGUCAAAAUAUUUGCAGAUGGUGGUAGUUUGGCUGUCAAUCCUGCUUAUGUGCAAUCUUGGCUGGAUCUUUUAUCACGAACACCUCGAGUGGCUCCAUUUCUUUCAAAGAAUGAUCCCUUUGUCAUGGCAUUAAAGAAGGAAUUAGCCGAUCACACUGACGAAGUAAACUUGCAACAUGAAAUUCUUGAAGGGAUGUUCACUUUCUAUGAUUCAACUAGCGCAACGCUUAACAUCUAUCAGGUCGCUAGUGUAGCAUUCGACUUGGUGUUACUUCUCGUGUUGGGAUCAUAUUUGAUAGUGCUCUUUUGUUUUCUUGUCAUCACAACUAGGGGUCUUGAUGAUCUAAUCAGUUUAUUUCGCCGCCCCCAUUCUCGAAAGGUAAAAACAGCUUGAUCACUUAAGUAGAACACUGUAUGCGAUUGCAUUUGUACUAAAUUAAAUGUUUUAGACAAAAGAAAAUCCCAGGACAUUCCUUAGUUGUUUUCACUAUUUUUUGUGUGUGCUAGGGGAUCAUUUUAAAUGAAAUCAAAUUUAGGCGCGGGAAAAUUUUUGCUCAAAUAUUUUGUAUUCUAUUGUUAUUGGCAAUGGUUCUUCUUUUGGCUAGAAUAAUACAUAGGGGAUCCGCAUGUGACACAUGUUUAGUGUUAUACCUAUCGUACAUGGUUUGACUU